AUGGCGGCAAGCAACGAGACCAUACCAGUUUGUGAGAUCGAGGCGAACCCCGACGUUACAGGGACAGGAAUCCGGGCUUCCAUCUACACACUCUGCUUGGCCUCCGGUAUUCUGAAAACCAUGAUCAAGCUCAUCACCUCCGACAAGAACUACUCUGAGUUUUGCCAGUCCAUCAACUCAGCGUUGCAACUCCAAGGCCUCGCCCUACUCUGCACCGCUAUUGUCCAGACCUUCCAAGGACAGCUGACGCUGUUCCACGCGAUCUGCGUGCUCCAUCUCCUCUCGCUACUAGGCUUCGGCCUCGUCGCGCAGAGGAAAUAUGCAGGCGGCGGCCUUAUCCGCUGGCUCGUCCUGGCGAUGUUCCGAGUCAUCAUCGCGUGCGCGUUCACCGCGCUCACGGCUUACAUCUGGGUCACCGCACCGACCUUCGGGAGCCAGCCCGCCUGCAAUGCGACGACCGUUUAUGUCGUCUUCGGAGUCAGCAUCAACGCCACCAGCGACGUGUUCCGAUAUGUCAUUCUGGCUUUGAUGGCGACCAUGGUAUUGGGCUGGGUGAUGAGCAUGGUCUUUUCUGUCAUCAUUGCACAAUGUUGCUGCGGCGGGGUGAGGUCCGGGGUGAGGUGGGCGAGGGAAGCCAAUCCGGACAUCCAGACGUGGAAACGGUUCUGGGGCCAGAUCGAUGUGUCGGACGCGAGAUACAAGCAGAAUGCCAUUUCGCAAAAUGUGGUACAGCUGUUCAUUCACACGGGCAUCAAUGUGUACAUGAUUGUCACGUUGGAGCAGAUUGUUGGUCGAAAUCACCUAUCGGAAGAGGAGAAGGAGUGGACUUUUGGACAGGUUCUUGCGAUCUUCGUGUUGCUCGGGGUUGUUGUCGAAGUCAUCAACAUCCUGCUCCCCAAGCUAGACGUUGGCGAUGAACAACCAUCUGUACAUGAGGGAGUGGACAUGCAACGGGGAGAACAUCCUGGCGAUAGAAGGCUCUUGGGAGAUGGGAACUCAAACUGA